AGAUUAAUGCACACCACUUUAACCGCCUUGGCCCAAUGCUGUGGAACCCGAUGAUCUGUAGUUUGACAAGGUUUUUCUCUGCAAAAGAGUGCCCAAAUGACUGAAGAUGAAUCAACCCUGCAGAAUUAAUGCUGUUUGACAUCACUUUAGGUUAUUGUGAGCUUUCCGGGCCAUGUACGGCCAUGUUCCCAGAAGCAUUCUCUCCUGACAUUUCACCCACAUCUAUGGCAGGCAUCCUUAGCGGUUGUUGAGGUCUGUUGGAGACUGGGCAAGUUGUUGGGAAUUGAAGAGCCGCUAAUCACCCCCUUUAUGAGCCUCUCAGCUUCUUGCCUGCUGAGCCCAGCUGACAAGUGAUGCUUCUUCAGCUUUGCCUCAGAGAUGCGAUUCCUGGUCCCUUGGGGCCACAUUGCCGCCAAGGCGUGGGGGUCUCCCCAAGGUCGACCCAUGCUCUGUUUGCAUGGUUGGCUGGAAAAUGCAAACACUUUCAACAAACUAAUCCCCUUACUCCCAAAAGAUUGCUCUUACAUAGGAAUAGACCUUGCAGGACAUGGCCUGUCCUCACACCGGCCAACUGGGUAUCCGUACUACCUGAAAGACUAUGUGAGUGAUGUGCGCAGAGCAGCUGCAGCACUGAAGUGGAACCGGUUUAGCCUGAUGGGUCAGAGUUUGGGUGGAACUGUUGCAUGCUUGUUCUCAUGUAUUUUCCCUGAAAUGGUGGACAAGCUGAUCCUGGUGGAAUCAAGUGGUCUUUUUCCAGCACCUCAGGGUUAUAUGAGAGGCCCAGAAGUAUUCAGGAAGCAGACACCAGGCUCUCAGUCCGCCACUGGAGAUGCCCUACCACAUUUAGAGGAAUGGGAGAAAUUGUUAAUUGGCAGCCGGACAGUCAUUGAGAAUAUGAUGGAUGUUGAAGCGAAGCAACACCAAGCCCCAAAAGUAUAUAACUCUGAAGAGGCCCUUCAGAGGUUGCUCAAGGCAAACAGUCACCUAACAGAAGAAAGUGGGAAGAUAUUGCUGGAGCGAGGGGCUACUAAAGUGCCAGGAGGUUUGGUUUUUAACAGAGACGUAAAAGUCCUCACGCACACCUCCUCUUCUGCACCUAUAGAAUUCCAAGCAAACUAUUUGAAAAAAAUACAGGCUGAUGUACUGAUGAUCAUAGCACAAGGUGGGCUCUUUAGAAAAGAAUCAAUCUAUUCUGACUAUUUGGCAGUUCCUCUGGAAGCACUCAGGGCCUCACAGAAACAGCAUUUUCAGUUUGUUGAAGUUCUUGGGAAUCAUGCCGUCCAUCUCAAUGAGCCCGAAUUUGUGGCUGGGAUAAUCAGCACCUUUUUAAAUAAGAAUAAAAGUCUCAAAGCAAAUUUAUAAUCCGGAUUGUCUUCAGAGCAGAGGAUAACCUUUCAUGAAUUUCCCUUGGAAUGUUGUCUCACUGCACCCUGGACCCCAGGAUAUAGCCUCAUGAUUGCUAUAAUCCCCUCAUGAGUCCCAGGAAGACACAUGGGAAUGUUUCCUCAUCCUUGUUCAUGAAAUCAGACCUCUCCCUGAAAGACUCAUUGAAAUUACCAUGUCUCCUGGACACCCUUUGACUGCUGGACUGGCACCCAUUAACCAGAUGUGAGAUAUCAAGACUCAUCUCAACCCAUUAUCACUUGCUUCACUGCAUUCCUUUUCAAUUGCAACCCUCUCCUGGGUGGAUCAAUAAAUGGACACUAAUCUUUAAAAUAAUCCAAUGACAGUUUAUAAAACUUUGCUACCACAGUGGGGACCAACCAGCAAUGACGUCGGACAGAACCCUGGGCCAACCAGGGAGUGGAUUCCAGCUGGGCCCUUUCUGCAAUUGGAAGCCAAUGCAGCAGUCUUGAAUACUUGUCCAAAUGCUAUAAAUGAAAUGUAUGUUCGCAGUUGUGGUAUGUCAAUUCUUUGGAGUGCUGUCUCUACUGACAUCCUCUCUGGCCAUUGGGAAUAAAGCCUCUGUGUCUCAUCUGGCCUUCUGGAAAGCUUGACAUGCCGGCUCCGAACCCAUGUUUCUUAAAGCUGAAAUGACAUAACAGUACCACCAAGGAUAAAAAUAAAAUCUGGAAACACAUGAUACAAAAUGUAAGCCUGUGACUCUAACACUUGUCAUUUUUCUUCCGUAUAAUUUAUUUUGCUGAUGAUAAAUACAGUGUAAGUUUGAAAACUUGCAUGAUAUGUUUUGCGAA